AAACAACUCCACCUUAACCAUUCUUUGUCGCCCAACGGCCGUACUAUUAACUGCGCCACCAUAUUACGCAAACAUGGCUGACUCACCUGCCGGCUCGCCAGGACCUGGUGGUGCCGAGACGCCUGCGCAGCAAAAGGCACGUCUCCGUAGAGAGCGCCUCGCCGCGAAAAGCGGUGCAUCUCGACUGCAACAAAUCUCGGCACUACAAGGUGGCCCUCCCAAAGAUCUAAGCGAGAUACAGAAAGAUCUACCCGUCCAACCUUCCCCAGCCCCGACGCCUCGAGCAUUGUCAGGAACAGCAACGCCAGACCCAGAUGAGGUAGACAUAUCGCAGCAUCACUACACGCCCGCAUCUCAACCACGUGUCCCCUCCCCCUUCGCCUUCGAUAGCAACGCCACGGGUGCCUUCCCGCAAUUCCCUCCGGGGCAAGGCGACUCGUCUCAGGACCCCAUGAUGGCUAUGCUUCAGCAAAUGAUGGGUGCUGGAGCAGGCGGAAUGCCAGGCGCUCAAGGACAGCCAGGCGGUCCGGGUGAUCUUCCUCCAGGUCUCGCCAAUAUGUUUUCAGCCAUGGGUGGUGCUGGCGAGGCCCCUGACCCGUCACCAGAGCUAUCUUCAGCCUGGAUAUGGCGCCUGGUACACUCUCUGUUCUCGCUGGGUCUUGCGAUCUACAUUGUCCUGCAGACACCCUUCACUGGAUCAAAGCUGUCACGUAACACUGCCUUGACUACUGUCGACGAAGACUGGACUGUCGAAAACACAUCUGCACAAAACUUCGCGCACUUCUUCUACCUCUUUGCCACUUUCGAAGUCAUCAUGCAGUCAUCGCGCUACUUCAUCGAAAAGGGUCAGUUACAGGGAAGUGGGAUUCUGAGCACAGUGGCAGGCUUCCUACCACCGCCAUACGGCGGCUACGUCAGAACUAUUGGCCGUUACGGCGUUAUAUACACAACAGUUGUCAGCGACGCCAUGGUCAUCGUUUUCGUACUGGGCGCCACAGUCUGGUGGAGAGGUGCUGGUGUUGCAUGAGUAUCAUGCAUUAUCUCGUACACGAGAUAUGUACUAUGGUAGAAUAAUGGUACAACUGUCAACUAAUCACACGCCACAAUGCAUGCAGCUCGAAUCGGGCGUUCCUGCGUCUUUCCGAUCGACUUUUGGCAGUUACUGUCGUGUCUGCAACCCAGACACCUGGUUCUACCUGACUGCAGUCCUCACUAAGGCAAGCACGUGAGAAUCAAUUGCUUCACACUUUCAGCCGCUGACUUGAGUGUCGACGCCAUACACCUACUUACACUAGACUGGAUCGGCUUCCAGGCAUACACUGCAGAAUACACACAACAGCUAACAUACC